AUGAACGAUAUCAAUAAAUGGCGGGAGGAAGAAUCCUUGAACCUUACAAGUGAUAUCAGUUCAGAUGGUUCUGAUAGAAGUGAGGAGAAUGUCGACACUUCAACGAAUACGCUGAUGCCUCAGAACUCAACUGCUGACACUUCAGCGAUUCUCAUUUCUCAAACACCUGUUGCUGCUCACAACACAUCCGGCGCUUCUGCCACACCCGGUCGUCUAUCGCUUUCUCAGCCAAUUCUCUCAAAUCCAGUAGACUCACCAGCAUCGAAUCGACUGAAUAUGUCUGCUGGCAACAUCGCUCGUCCUCCUCGUCCACAGCGAGUACCACUGGUGAAGACUCAAGAAGAGAACGAGCAGCUGAGACAUCAACUUGUGGAGCUGAAUGCAAAGCUUCGUGUGGCGGACUACAAAGUUAUGGAGCUUGAAAGAAUGUUACCUCGUGAGGUGAAAGACAUCUUGGAAGAGUAUUAUUCCUUGCAAAACUCGAGGCUUGAUUUGAUCACAGAACGAGAAGAGCUUGCAGCUGCACGACGUCAGCUUCAAGUUGAAGCCGGUCAAAUGGAUCUGGAAGCGCAAAGAAAACUAGACAAACUGAGUGUGAAACUCAGCACUUCUGAGAAGGAAAGAAAUACGUUGAAGAAAGAGAAUGAGGAGCUGAGAAAACGUAUUGAAGAGCUAGAGAAGGAUUUAGCUGCAAUAGAAGAGAUUCCAACAAGUCUUGAUGCUUUGAAAGGUGAGGACAGCGAUUGGACAAUCAGAUCAGAAUAUGAUGUUGAUGUGGGUGACCUACGUGAACAAUUGUACAUCGCCAACAAGGAGAACAAAGUGCUUCGCCAGAAGAUUGAGGGCCUCCAAAAAGAAAUAGAAGAUAAGUCUGCUGCUUCUAAUGAUGUAACAUCGCAGGGCAAAGAUGGACAAACAUUUGUAAUUGGUGGCGGUCAUGAUGCAGAGACACUUCUGCAACGCAUUGACGGUUUAGAAGCCAGACUGCGUGAAGAACAAGACGAACGGGCAAAGGCUAACACAGCACUUGCUGCUUACAUGUCUCGUUACCAUAAACUAGAGAAGAAAUUGCAGGAAGCAAAUAUGUCAGUUGGGAAUACGUCCUUAAAAGUGAAUAACAAGGAGGAAGUGAAAGCAGUGGUUGCUCAACUUCGUGAUCUUCUUCGCCAUCUUGGUUCGGAGAAUAAAGAGUUACGCAAAGAAUGUGCCAGAUUGCUUAAAGAGCAUAGUGUUCUCAGUGCCAACUCUACCGACGCAUCCGGUAGAAAUGAUACAGCAAAUGAGGAGAUCGCUCAUGCCGGGGACAGCGUCAGGGCUGAGACAGACUUCGAGGAGAAGGUGUGUAGUUAUUGGAUUAUCGUAUGA